ACACACAGUUUACAUUGGCGCAAGCAAGAAACCAACAGCUUGUAGCUAGCUAGUUCUAGCAGACCGAGCGAGCAAAUUAAGAUGGCUGCUAAGCUUGGCGCCCUGCUGAUGAGCAUCGUCACCUUGCUUGCGUUCCUCGGGUCCGUGGAGUGCCAGGGCUCCGGCGGCAUCCUUUGCCUGGGUGGUUGGCUUCGUCCGGUCUCAUCAGUCCUGGGUCGCCUGGGCUGUCCCGGAGGCCUGAUGCCGAGCCCUAAAAUUUACAAGGGACCAAUUCCUGCACCCUCAGGGGCAGGUCUCAGGGUCGGCUACUACACCUCGUGCCCCAACGCGGAAGACAUUGUGAGGCAGGUCGUGAGAGACGCCGUCCGCAAAGAACCCGGCAUCGGCGCAGGGCUCAUUCGUCUCUUCUUCCACGACUGUUUCGUUCGGGGGUGUGAUGCUUCCGUUCUCCUCGUGAACUCGAGCGGCUCCAGCGACCCGUCAGAGAUGUUGGGCCCACCCAACAGAGAGAGCCUUCGCGGCUUCGGCGUGAUCGACAGGGCCAAGGCGGCGCUCGAGGCGGCCUGCCCCAACGUCGUGUCGUGCGCGGACAUCGUCGCCUUCGCCGCCCGCGACGCGUCCUCCUUCCUCAGCAACGGCAGGGUCAACUUCACCAUGCCCGCCGGCCGCCUCGACGGGCGCGUGUCCCUCGCCUCCGAGACCACCAACUUCCUGCCGGGGCCCUUCUCCGACCUCGAGACGCUCAAGACCAGAUUCGCCGCCAAGGGCCUCGACACCAAGGACAUGGUCACUCUCUCCGGCGCGCACACCAUCGGCCACGCCCGCUGCAUGUUCGUCUCCACCGGCCGUCCCGGCAUGAACGCCACCCUCGCCGGAGAGCUGAGCCAGAGGUGCGGCGGCGGCGGCGGUAACGCCACGGUGGACCUAGACUACAAGACUCCCUACGCCCUGGACAGCCAGUACUUCCAGAACGUGAAGGACGGUUCCGUGCUGCUGGACUCGGACGCCGCGCUCAACGCCACGGAAACGGCGGCGCUGGUGGGUACCUACGCCGCCGAUGUGGGGAGCAGGUGGGAGAUGGAGUUCGCCGCGGCGAUGGUGAAGAUGGGCAACAUCGAGGUGAAGACCCGCCCCGGCGCGGACGCCGAGAUCAGGAAGAAGUGCUCGAUUUACAACUAGCUACCAUUCGGUUGGUGGUUGGGACGAUAUGAUGCUCCUCAUAAAUAAUAAUUAAUAUAAUCCUGCUAGAUCCUCCCCAUAUUGCUGGCUUUAGCUGGAUCAGGAAUUUCUCACUCUAGCUGGUGGCUGCUGCUAGGUGAAAGGCAAACUCGCUAAAGUAAGCUCCUGUUGUCCCCAACGAUGGGAACGGGGUGCUUUUUUU